GAAUUCAUGUGAAUAAAAAAUUUCAAAAAAAUGACUCCACCUCCUAUUGUAAGUGUUCGAAUAGGAAGGCUAUCAAUCCCUUGCAGUCAGUGUAGCAAAGUUGAACCGAAAUGUAGAAUGGUGGGACAGAGAGGUAGCUCCAAUUGGUUAGAAGUACACGUGUACGGAAAAAUUACUUCUAGAGUUAAAAGAGUUAACUAUGAAUUCAAGUGCAAGAAGUCCGUGCAAAUAAGAUGCGUGUAAAUGACUUCAGGUUAGCCCCUUCCAGAAACACCAGCGCUACAUGACAUGUAUUUCUAUCCAUUAAAAAAAUUAAAAAAUCAUUAAGGAACCAAACUAACCAGUCAAACACGAUAUAGCAGUUUCACAAACGCGCCGCCCUAAAACUGGAGGCCAAUUGGCCACUAACCGCCAAACCGACACGGUUUCUACUCGACGAUUCCCCCUGAUUUCUCAGCUCAUUGUUUUUCUAAAACUAUAUAUACCUACAAUCAAACUUCAAUUCAGCCGUAUCUCAGACAAUCUUAUCCACUUUCAGUAUAGAAUCUACUAUCAGCCGUAUCUCAGACUAUCUUAUCCACUUUCAGUAUAGAAUAUACUAUCAACCAUAUCUCAGACAUAGUAACACGAAUAUAUAUAUAUAUACACGAGAGAUAUUUCAAUAAUUGGUGGUGGUGGUGGUGGUGUUGUAUAUUUUCAAUUAUCAAUUUGACAUGAAAGUUAAGAAAGGAGAAACAGCAGUACCUUCUCUGACGAGGUCGUAUAGCUCACCGGGAAAUGGAGUAGAAAAUCCCCAAUCUUCUCCGAAGUCAGCCUUCCAGCGAUUGCGCCAGAAAUUAUCGCCGAGGAAGACCGCAUCCGUGGAUCUGAAACCAUCAAUUUCAAGUUCCGAUGAUAAAAACGGUGAGGCUCCGGAGGUGGAUAAAUGGAGCGAAAAUGAGAUGGUGUUUAGGUACUUCGACGAAAACGGCGAUGGUAAAAUCUCAAAAGAAGAGCUACGGCGGUGCGUGAGGGCUUUAGGUGGCGAAAUAUCGGAGGACGAGGCGGAGAUGGUGGUGCAGUUUUCGGACUCAGACAGCGAUGGAAUGUUAGGGCUAGAGGACUUCACAAAGCUAGUGGAGGGCGGCGGCGAGGACGAGAGAAAGGACGAAUUGAAGGACGCAUUCAAAAUGUACGCAAUGGAAAAUAGUGAAUUCAUAACGCCUAAAAGCUUGAAGAAAAUGCUGAAUCGGCUGGGGAAUUCGACCUCCAUGGAUCAUUGCGCAAGCAUGAUAAGCAGAUUCGACAUUAAUGGAGACGGCGUCCUUAGCUUCGAUGAAUUCAGAGAAAUGAUGCGAUAAAUGAUUCAAAAUUUUGAAACAAACAUUUAUGCUCAAGAAUUAUCCAAUUUGGAAGCCCUCUCUCCCCGAGGCAAUUUUUAAAAUGGCUGGAUAAUUGAUUCAAUUUUUCACAAUAGCCUUUUCUGUUGGAAGUACUAUUUUACUCUUACUAUAAUUAUUUGCAAGUUGUAUCUUAUAUUUUUAAGGAUUUAUUAAUCAGGACCUAUAUCUAUAUUCUUCAAUCUUUCAAACACCUUUAAAUAUUCUUU